AUGUCUACGGCAGACUCGCAAUUCGACAGCUUCUUCAAGCUCUUGGUGCUUGCUGAAGGCAAUGAUAACGACAACGCCGACAAGCUACCGAUCGGUGACAGAGUUCAUGCUAUCGUAGAGCUCAAGGCCACAGGAAAACAAGCGCCCAUGUAUGCGUUUCGGGAUGAGCUAGACGGGCUUGAGUUCGAUGAACCCAACUGCACCCUCGCCCAAGCUGCGGCCCUCUGGUGUCUGCGAAAGCGAGGUGGCGACAGCGCUCCCGUCUACUACGACGACGUCAAGCUGACCGAUUACCGCCAUGCUCUGAACUGUUUGUCACCCUUCGACGACAACGAGAUCUUCUGCGUCAAGAUCAGAUGCGAAGGCGAACAACAUCGCUACAACGCGAGUCGUUUUGUUAGAGUUGGAGUUUUCAGACAUGGCCCCGCAGUUUUGGACGGCGAACUCUCUCCAACCUCCAACCUUGUCAACCUCCCUGUCCUGGUCUGGAAAGAGAGGGAAAGAGAGAAGACACAGCAAGGGGAAGGUUUCAGUCUUGUCAAUGAAUCAGCAUCCCCCCUCUUCAUGAACACAGAUCCUAGGAGCGAUAGCUGGGGCCUUGUGCCUAGCCACUGGCAGCACGGUGUUGGCAAUGCUCUCGUCUUCCGAGAGGACGAGAAAGACCUUGCAACCGAGCACGCAGUGCUAUUAAGCCGGUUCUGCCAAGAGAAGCUGAAGCCAAUGUUCGAAAACGCCACGGAGGCGGACGAGACGAGGCAAGAAAGCAGGGUAUAGAGACCACAGGCUUCACCAAGCAAGAGGUCCUCGACUAUAUUACAGAAGAGAAUAUGGAGGUCUUCAGACAGGAGAUGUGCAUACAGCAGGCUAGGGACGCAGGUCCGGCAGAGCGAUUCAACACUCUCAGCACCUGAUCCACUCGGGAGCUUUAAUUCUAGCGGAUAAAUGGGGCCCCCUGGGGUAUGUUGAGUGGUUCGAAGUGGACGAGCCUUCACACAUCCAAAGCCUGAAGACCUAUUCGUCACUGAAGAUCGAUUUUUUUUUUCCAACUCAGCUUCCAGGCUAUAUCUACACGGGCCAUGCAUGUCACCAUACCAUGCGUGGUCGUGCGAAACCAAAUCAUACUUUGCUU